UGAGAGCCUCGAAACGGUAGCAGAAACAUCUUGUUUUUCUCUCAUUUUCUCUCCAUCCAAACAGCAACCAGCCGAAACUUUUCCCUCAAUUUCCCCGAGAUGGAUUUCCACAGCCUUCCGAGAAGAGAUCUCCAAUCUCUCUGCAAGAAGAACAAAAUUCCGGCCAACAUUACCAACGUUGCCAUGGCCGAUGCUCUCAAAGCUCUUGAGAUUGUUGAAGGACUCGAAGAGUUCCUGAACCAAACGGAGCCCGCUGCUCCCCUAUCUCCAUCCAGUGUGGCAAUUACUGCUCGUACGGCAACUAGAACCACACGAAGGACGGCUAAAAAAGAUGCAACCCAAACUUCACAGUCGAUGACUCGCUCUUGCCGUGUGACAAGAAAGUCACUUGCUGGAGAAAUGGACCAGGAAAACAGUAACAUGAAUGCGCUGCUGAGUGCAGAAGUACGUGAAAGUGAUGUCAAGCUUGAAGCUAAUGUGCCAAAAACUCCAGCUGCACAAAGCACUAGAAGGAAGGCUCUGCCACCAUCAUCUCUGGGAAGCAAGGCACUGGAGACUAAGGAGAAUGUGUCUGUUCAGAAGGUUUACAGCACGAGAAGGUCAGUCAGGUUGUUAGAAAAAUGCAUGGCUGACUUGAGUUUGAAGCCUAAAGAAGAUCUGGACGAACCUGUGGAGCACAAUGACACAGAGAAGGAAAAAGCGACACAGGAGAAGGAACCAGCUGGUUUUGAGUUCCAGGGAAAAUCAGAUGAUAAUUCAGAAAGAACUGAAGAGCCUGAAGUUAACCAAGGAAGAGAUUUAAGUGCGACACUGGAGAAAGAAUGGGAUGCGAGAGAUGAAGGCCUCGAGGAUAACAAUGGCACUAUUGACCAUGAUCCGGAUUCUGUAAAGCCUGAAUCAGAAGAUCGUGUUGAUCUUUCUGCCUUCAAUGUGAAAUCCGAGACCUACAACGGGAAUAUGAAUGAGCUUGACAUUUGUCAGGGAGGUGACAAAGAGGAAACUCAACCAGAAAAAAGAGAAUCUGAGAUUACUCAAGCUUUCGAUAGUUCCAUCCAAGUUGAAGACAAUGGAUCACCACAGGCUAAAUCCCUCUAUUCUUCCCAAAAGACGAUUCAGGACGAGGAUUCCGAGGUGUUAGGUCAUCCAGCUUCUGCCACAAGCCCUGUGAUGACCUGCAAAGAAAUCCUGGACUCUGAAUUCAAGGAAGGGCCUAUAGACCAUGAGAAAACGAAUGAAAAAGAUAUGACUAGAGGAUCAGAUGAUGAUGACAAGAUGGAGACCUGCAAAGAAACCCUGGAUUCUCCCUUGAGUGAAGAUGAUAAGCAAAUGAACAUCAACGCUGAUGACGAGGACUCUGAGUCUGAACAAAGUAACAGUUACAGUGAUGAUUCAGAAUCAGAGGAAGAUAAUACCGGCGUGGAUUCAAACCAAACGGUGUUCAAGUCUGAUGCUGCUGGCUGUGCGGGGGGCUCAGUUCUAAAGAGCCUAACAGUUGAUACAUUGGAGGCAGACAGCAGUAGUGAGUCUUCUGAAUCUGAUGAAAGCGACUCGGAAGAGGAAGAUAUCAUCUCUGAUGCAGAUUCAAACACUGCUGUUUUGGGCGAAGAACUGGAAGAUUCUGAAUCAGGAGAGGACAAAAACCUCGAAGAAAACAAGACAGGGGGAUCUGCCGUUAACAUGUCUCCUCUUCCAGUGUCUCCAUUUGCAGCAGAAUCAGUCUCGGGCCAGUUUCCAAGACCGACGCUUUCAACAACGACACCAGUCCAGUCUUCAAGCAAGAAAAAACAAGAGUCUUCGUCGGCUCUGAAACUGUCCAUCCUCGCUGACGACGAAAACAAGGCAGAGAUGCCGAAAAAGAAGAAGAAAAGCGAGCUUAACGAAGAGAGGUUGAAGGACGUGAGCCUAAGGCAACUGACGAAGAUGGUGAAGGAACUCUCCAUAAAGAGCAACCGAACCGCAUUGCAGACAUUGCCAGGCAAUCUUAUUGGCUGAACUGAACUGGUUUGUUGCUUCCUCCGUCUUCGUCUCAACCUCAUCAACCAUUCACUUCAUUGAGAUCCCUUUUUCUUCCUUGCUUUUUGUUUUUGGGUCUGGUCUAAUAAACAUU